UUUCGCAGAUGGCCAAAGUUCCCAAACAGUACGGUGGACCUGCUCACAUGGAUGACAGGAUGAGAGCAGCUAGUUAACUCUUUAACCACUGCUUUGUUUUACUUGCUGUAUAGUGAAAGUAGUCAAACACCCUCUGGCGCACGAGGCUACAUGUGUGUGUGUGAGCUGGUGAUGCCAUGCCGCGCAGUCACACCGGAGACGAGAGCAGCGGCACUGGGCUCUGGCUGAAGACCUCGACUGGAAGCAGGGCGCAGGACAACGCACUAAAAGAUGUGGAGUCUGGGCGCAGGGCAAUGAAUAACGCGGGGCGAGUAGGUGACGGUCUCCUGUCUCCUUCCACGGCAGGUGCGUUGGGGUCGGAGAGGAAGCAGGGAGCCCGGCUCAGCCUGCUCGGGAAGCCGCUGAUCUACAGCGCGCAGAGCGGCCGCAGGAACGCGCGAUACCGGCGGCUCCAGAAUUACCUCUACAACGUGUUGGAGAGACCGAGGGAAUGGGCGUUCGUCUACCAUGCGUUUGUGUUCAUCCUGGUGUUUGGGUGUCUGGUUCUCUCUGUGUUUUCCACCAUCCCUGCUCACCAGGAAUUCUCUGCUCACUGCCUGCUCAUCCUGGAGUUUGUGAUGAUUGUAGUGUUUGGUCUGGAGUACAUCAUCAGGAUAUGGAGCGCCGGCUGCUGCUGCCGCUACCGAGGCUGGCAGGGACGCCUCCGCUUCGCCAGGAAACCCUUCUGUGUCAUAGACAUCAUCGUACUCAUCGCCUCGGUUGCUGUGGUUUCGGCCGGUAGUCAGGGCAACAUCGUUGCCACUUCUGCGCUGCGUAGCCUGCGUUUCCUGCAGAUCCUGCGCAUGGUGCGCAUGGACCGGAGGGGGGGCACCUGGAAGCUGCUGGGGUCUGUAGUUUAUGCACAUAGUAAGGAGCUGGUGACUGCCUGGUACAUUGGGUUCCUGGUGUUAAUCUUCUCCUCGUUCUUGGUCUAUCUGGUGGAGAAAGAAUUCAACCAAGAGUUUGCCACGUACGCCGACGCUCUGUGGUGGGGAACGAUCACCCUGACAACCAUUGGCUACGGUGACAAGACCCCGCAGACGUGGACGGGACGGUUGUUAUCCGCCGGGUUUGCUCUGCUGGGGAUUUCCUUCUUCGCCCUGCCAGCUGGCAUCCUCGGGUCAGGUUUUGCCCUGAAAGUACAGGAGCAGCACCGCCAGAAGCACUUUGAGAAGAGGAGGAACCCAGCUGCCAGCCUCAUCCAGUGUGUCUGGCGUAGUUAUGCUGCUGAUGAGAACUCGGUUUCCAUUGCUACCUGGAAGCCUCAUUUGAAGGCGUUGCAUACCUGCAGCCCCGCAAAGAAAGAGCAGGGCGAGACUUCCUACAGUCAGAAGUUGAGUUUUAAGGAGCGGGUCCGUCUGGCGAGUCCUCGGGGUCAGAGCAUGAAGAGCAGGCAGACGUCCGUUAGCGAACGCCAGCGCUCUUCCCCCGGUAACGAGGUGGGGGGCGGGGCCGAUCUGAUGGGAGGAAGCCCCGCCAAGGUGCAGAAGAGCUGGAGCUUCAACGAUCGGACCCGGUUCAGACCCUCGCUGAGGCUGAAGAGCCAGACCCGCACCGCUGUCCCUGACGUGGAUCCAGGAAUGACCACAGAGGAUUCCUUUGAUGAGCGAGGCUGCCAUUGUGACGUUACAGUGGAGGAUCUAUCAGCUCCUCUCAAGGCUGUCAUCAGAGCUGUCAGGAUCAUGAAAUUCCACGUGGCAAAAAAGAAGUUUAAGGAGACGUUGCGUCCGUACGAUGUGAAAGACGUCAUAGAGCAAUACUCUGCCGGACACCUGGACAUGCUCUGUCGCAUCAAGAGCCUCCAGACUAGACUAGACACUGUAGUGGGGCCCCCUCCGAGGCCUUUCAGCAGCCGCGUCAAGACCUUGUCCUCUCCCUCCCUGCAUUUAUAUUACAGCCAGGCCCGGAGGAAACAGUCUGCACCGGGACUGGCCAGUGCAGCGGGCUCUGGUCCCAGCCUGAGCAGCCGACCCAGGCACAUGUCCUCUCCUGCCCUGCACUAUUAUUACAGCAACGCCAGGAAGAAGCUCUCUGGCUCAGGGGUGGAUCAGAUUCUGGGAAAAGGCCAGAUUCCCGUGGAUAAGAAGGUGCGGGACAAACUGAAUCCAGAUGGAGAGUCGCUGGAGGGCAUGAGCAUGCUGGGACGGGUGUGUAAGGUGGAGAGACAGGUGACUUCCAUUGAGUCAAAGCUGGACUCUUUGUUGGAUGUUUACCGCCAGGUCCUCCAGAAAGGCCCCACAGCCCUCACUCUCUCCUCCCUGCCGCUGUUUGAGCUGGACAACCACCAGCACCUCAACUCCGACUACCAGACCUCCGUCAUCAGACCCUCUUCUCCCCAGGGGGGGAAUCUUGUUGGAGGCGGAGGAGAAAACCGUGGAGGAUUACGCCGUUCUCUCAGCGCCAACCCCAGAGGCCUGCGUCUCAUCCUGGCUCCUUCCGAUGACGAUGGCCUCCCGGACUCAGCCCCUCCAUCCUACCCCCCGUCCACAGCCUCUCUCUCCCCGUCCCCCCUGCUGCCUCCUGAUAGCCCCUAUCCAACCUUGGUCACCCCCAAUGGUACCUCCAAAAGAGCACACUUCCCUGACCUGCCUCCUCCACCUCCAUCCUCAGGGGGCUUCACCCUCCGUCUGCCCCCCCUGCUGCAUCCCUCCCACCUCCGAUGCUCCACCGACCCUCUCCCAGAUGAAAUGACAGACGUGCUGCCGCUGGAUGAGGGCAGUCUGGGCCCAUCCGUGGUUCUGGGGUCCAGUGUGGAUGCUGAGCAGGAAGGGGACGCUGGUGCGGGGGUGCAGUCACAGGAGGGGGUCUGGAGGAGGAACAUGAGCCUGGAGGUCAACCCCCUGCUGCUGCUCUCAUCGAGCCCAGACGAGAGGCCUUCAGAUUGGGGAGGCUCCCUCUCUGUGCACAACCUCAGCCAGCCUUUGAGCAACCAUAACCCCGGUCUGUCUUCCGCGCUCAACAACAGCAACGGUAGCAGCAACGGUAGCAGACACGGUAACGCCCACGCUGACCUCAGCAACUGGGAUGGAACAGAACUCUUAAUUAGUGAGUGCGAGAUAGAGCCAGCUGAAGAACAUUUCAACUUGUUGUCCGAGGAACCGGACCCCUCAGACCUCUUACAGACUGCGGAGGAGGAGGCUCCUCCCCCAGAGUUCCUCAGUCAGUCGCCACACAUACACCUGGCAUAACCACACACACACACACACACACACACACACACACACACACACACACACACACACACACACACACACACACACACACACACACACACACACACACACACACACACGCAUACUGUAUGUACACAUCAUUUUAAGGAAAUGUACACGAAUACAAACUUUCCUUGAAGAUACAUUGUUUUGGUCUUUAUCUAAGGAUAUUUGGAGAUGUAACUUUUUACAAAAACAGAUUGUUCAUAUACAAUGACAUCAAUACAAAAAAGUUGAUCAAAUUGAUGUUUGUUUUAAAUAAAGACCCAGGAAAGAUAGUUAACUGUGAUUUCUGAGCCUGCAGUCUGACACCUUUUAAACUAAUGUUAGAAGCAAAUACAAAUAAUUUGUUUACAGCAGUCCUUCAUAUUAACUCAAAGGAAAAUACUGUAUGAUUGUAAGCCAACAUGGGUGCAUAUAACAACAAUCAAUUGUCUAGUUGAACCUCAAACAUGCCACAGUUACAUGCCCUCACAUACAACCACUCUAUCACACACACAAAAACACACCGACACAUGCAACCAUCAACCACAAUCACCAGUAACUCCAGCUAACUUGACAAAGAGCUGUGACUGACUUUAUACUUUUUUGUUUUCAUACAAGUGCUUGUAUUCAGAGACUUUCUCGAAAAGGAGUGUCACUCACUCUCCUUAUUCAAUGUCUGUCUUUGGCAAUGUGAAAUGUCAUCUGUUACUUUCAUACAUAUCACUGCAUGGACUGUUUCCAAAAAAAAUAAUGAAUGAAAUUAGAACUAUAGGUGGGUAUGAUGGGAAUAUCUGAAAUAUAAAAAGAGUUCAAAGCAUCCUCAGCAUGUAUUUAGACCCAAAGCUCCCGUUCUGUUUCUACAACCACAGAAAUAUUAGUUAAUGUUUAUCUGGCUGUUUAGUUUUGUCUUUUAGAUAGUUGUCAGUACAUUUGGAUCGGGCAAACCUACUUGGAGAAGAUGUCUUAUCAGCAAUCGGUAAAGACAAAGUGCUAGACUAUGUCUGAAUAGUGAAUUGCAGUAUAGGUUUAUCAAGCUGAGCAUGAGAUGCUGCAUGUCUAAGCUGUUGCAAUAAGAGCAGUUACACAACGCUGGUGGCCUGGAUGUCCUUUUGCAUGUUAAUGCAACGUUAUGUAGUUAUUGUUUGUUUUUUAUUUAGCCCCCCCACACACAACUGUUGGACAGCUUUUAACUUCACAAGUGCAAGUCCUGAUUGCACGGCUAACGGCUAACUUGCCGAUAGCUGCAAUUGUUAGUUAGUUAGCAGUUUUUAGUUGCCCUAGCAGAAGGUAAAGCUUUACAUCAGGAAACUCCUUAAAUCAUAGUUAGUCGAGGGAAAUCAGAAAACAUUUAGUCAAUUUAAUAUGACCCAGUUCCACUAAAAUCAACUUAGUGCCAUGAAGCCUUAUGCACUUCUCCUGGGAGAAUGAAUGAAGCAAUCACCUAAGUGAUGUAGUUAAAGAACAUUCUCCCUAUUACACCUUUAAAAUGAUUUGUAAGCUUUUACUUUAAGGACAAAUAGCUAAUGUUGCUUUAAAGCAAUGUUUCCUCAAAAUCCCAAUCACUAGAGUGUGAACAAAGACUGCCAUAUGAACAUUAUAUAUCCUAAUUUGAAGUCAUUUAAAUGUAGUUAUAUGAAUAACCCACUUACAAUGACCUUUUAGAACAAACAUACAACCUCUUUUAAUUUGUUUUGUUGACAAACCCUGUCUUUUUACUGGGUGCUGUUUGCACCUUGUGCAUCAAUAAUGAUUAGAGGCUGCUGGACUAAACAUAUUCCCUCCUCCCAGUCCAGGCUGGCACAGUAGGGGUAGUGAGGAGUUACAGGGCCACAUGUACAAUGCACAGACUCCACUUAUAACAUAUCAGGUUAUUUUGGAUUCACCUGAGAAACCCAUGAUAACAAUGUACUGUACAUGCACUGUUGUUGAUCCAGUAUGCGUGUUGUUACUUGAUCCAUGUGUCCCUUCUGCUGCUGACAAAAAUGUGAUGUAUUCAAAUUGUAAAUCAGGAGCGAGGGUGGAUGAGAUGAGAAAGAUUUGCCAUAUUAUCUUAAUACAAAAUGCUUAUAGAUAUUUUCCGUGACUCCUGCAUUUUCAACAUUCAGCUGGUGCACUUAUUCAGAGGAAUGUUUUAAGGAAACUUCAGCAGGAUACUGACGAAGCAAGACAGAAUUGAAUCUGAGAUUGAGAUUAAAAUGUGUUUGUUGUGUGGCUGCUUAAAAGUUGUCUGCUGCCCCCCCUGAAAAAUAUGUUUAGUUUACCACCAUUUUGUAUGUGCAUGUACUUCCUCCUCAUCACAUCAAUCAUAAUUACAAUACUUAACCAAUUAGGGUUAUUAUGAUACACUUAAAAACACUCAAGUGCACAUAUGUAGGUGCAGUAAGUCGAUAUUCAGAUUGUUUUCACUGGCAGGUUAAAGGAGGAUGAGGCGUUGCAAGUUUCCUAAAUGACACUGUCCUAACACUACAAUUCAAUGCCAUCCUGCUUGUUGACUGCUAUUGAAUCAGAAUUAUGCAGAAAAACUAUGUCCGCCAUCUUAAUUUUUGUUAGCCAUUUUGAUUUGUUUUUGCAUGUUUACCUCUUAGGGGUUUGCCGUCACAGCAGUCUUAAAAAUGUAUUUUAAUGUGUUAAUGACAACCUUGAUUCAUCAUUGUUUUUUUCAGUUAUUUUCCCUUUGUGUUAAAUGGUGAGUAAGUGCAUCGCUUAGCAAAUUAAUAUUCUGUAGUAGAAUAUAACAAGUAUUAUCUCCUAACAAAUUCAAAUUGUAAACACUUGAUUUUGAAAUAUUCUACAGCCCAUGCAGAGUUUUUUUCUGGUAUGAUGAAAUAUAUUAUCAACGUGAAAGCACAGCUGUUUUUGAAGAGCCUGAAAAUGUGACAUGGUAGUUUAAGGCUUAAUAUUGGAAUAGAUUAUUUUGUAGUUAUUGAUUGAGCUUUGCUACAUAUGAAAAGAGGCCAAUAAGAACUGUCUGUUACUUUGAAACGAGAUGUCAAACACAAGGAAAGCCCAUGGAGUGUUCCUGUCAUACAACAUGCUCAGUUUUGCUAUCUGUAAAUUGCUUAAGGGGGCCUUUCUUGCAUAUGAAAAGUUUUUUUUUUUUCACGAGGCUAUAAAGGUCCUGUCCACAGACUUUAAAUGGCUUUGAUGGCUAAUAAUACAAUUUCUCUACUGCUUGAACAGUAAUGUAUUACACAACUGGGCCUUAAAGCUUGAUAAUGUUAACAUUUGUAUUUCUUUGAAAUUAAUUUAUUAAAGUGCACAUUAUGUUCUCUCUUGAUGAGAAAUGCAAAAAUAAUUUUAUUAUUCUAUAAUAAAGUACAAAUCAACUAAA